AAAGAAGGAAAGAGAAGAGGAGAGAGGAGAAGAGGGGAGAGGAGAAGAGAAAAGAAGAGAGAAGAGGAGAGGGCAGGCCUCUGCAGCCAUGUCCAACCUCCGGAUGACUCUGCUUUGCGUCCUCACCGUCCUGGAUCCGGUGAGCGGCCAGAAAGGUCUGGGUCCCCUGCAGCCUUGGAUACAGGGUCUGAUCGCGGUGGUUGUGUUCCUGGCACUCGUGGGCAUCGCCUUUGCCGUCAACAAGUUCUGGUGCCAGGAAGAACCGGCCCCUGAGGACCUGACUAUGGCCGUGGGGGACCAGAAGGAAGGCAGCUUGGCCGGCACGAAGGGGCGCUAUGUGUCCACUGCGGCUAACUUCAGAUCCUGGGAGCAUGCCAAUGCCUACGAAAACACCCCUGGGGCUGAGGAAAAGAUUCGCAGCACGCCCAUGUAGCCCCCUCUUCCCUGCCCCGCACUGACUGGGAUCGGGGACCCCCCUCCCCCCCACUGGCUGGGAUUGGGUCCUCCCUCCCCACGCUGCCUCCUCUGACUCCAGGUGUGGUCACCCGGGACAGGGACGAGGGUUCGUCCCCUGCUGUUACCCCCCAACCCCUACACCCCCCAUUCUUCCAGGUCAGAAAGCUUACUAAGAGAAACACUUCCUACAGUAGUUCCUUUCAGAAAAGUCCCUCACUUCCCUCUCACAGCUUUUAUUUCUGUGAAAUAAAUACUUUUUUACCUCACAAA